GGAAAUAGCAGAUAAAGAAGUUUGUGAGUGAGUGAGGUAACUAUGGCUAGAGAGCAAUUACAGGUGCUUAACGCUCUUGAUGUAGCCAAAACACAAUGGUAUCAUUUCACUGCCAUUAUCAUUGCUGGGAUGGGCUUCUUCACCGAUGCAUAUGAUCUCUUCUGCAUAUCUCUCGUCACCAAAUUGCUUGGCCGCAUAUACUAUCAUGUUGAUGGUGCAGAGAAGCCUGGAACUUUGCCUCCAAAUGUAUCCGCUGCGGUUAAUGGUGUGGCUUUCUGUGGGACACUAGCGGGCCAACUCUUCUUUGGUUGGCUUGGUGACAAGCUAGGCCGAAAGAAGGUUUAUGGUAUGACUCUAAUGCUCAUGGUCAUAUGCUCUGUCGCAUCGGGUCUCUCUUUUGGUCAUACCCCUAAAUCUGUCAUGGCAACCCUUUGCUUCUUCCGGUUUUGGCUUGGCUUUGGCAUUGGUGGUGACUAUCCACUUUCUGCCACCAUCAUGUCUGAGUAUGCUAACAAGAAGACUCGCGGAGCUUUCAUUGCUGCAGUGUUCGCUAUGCAAGGUUUCGGAAUUUUAACAGGUGGUAUUUUUGCAAUUAUAUUAUCCUCUGCAUUCAAGACCAUGUUUGAAGCUCCACCGUAUGAGGUUGAUGCACUUCGCUCCACGGUUUCGCAAGCAGACUACGUUUGGCGUAUUAUUUUGAUGGUUGGAUCGCUCCCUGCUGCUCUUACUUACUACUGGAGGAUGAAGAUGCCUGAAACUGCCCGUUACACCGCACUUGUUGCUAAGAAUGCAAAGCAGGCUGCAUCUGAUAUGUCAAAGGUCCUACAGAUGGACAUCGAGGCCGAACCACAAAAGAUUGUGCAAAUAGAAAAGCAGAAAUCCGGAUUCGGUUUGUUUUCUAAGGAGUUUGCUAAACGCCAUGGACUUCACCUGCUUGGAACAACAUCCACUUGGUUCUUGCUUGACAUUGCAUUCUACAGCCAAAACUUGUUCCAAAAGGAUAUCUUUAGCGCGAUUGGGUGGAUCCCUUCAGCAAAGUCCAUGAAUGCUAUUGAAGAAGUUUUCAGAAUUGCAAGGGCACAAACACUAAUUGCUCUUUGCAGCACUGUACCAGGCUACUGGUUCACGGUGGCUUUUAUUGACAAGAUAGGGAGAUUUGCCAUCCAAUUAAUGGGAUUUUUCUUCAUGACAGUGUUUAUGUUUGCACUGGCUAUUCCGUAUGACCACUGGACGCACAAGGACAACCGAAUCGGCUUUGUUGUUAUGUACUCGUUGACCUUUUUCUUUGCGAAUUUCGGACCAAAUGCCACAACAUUCGUAGUUCCAGCCGAGAUUUUCCCAGCAAGGUUGAGGUCCACUUGCCACGGAAUCUCAGCAGCCUCGGGAAAGCUCGGAGCUAUCGUUGGUGCAUUUGGAUUCUUGUAUUUGGCUCAGAAUAAGGAUAAAUCCAAGGCAGAUGCAGGGUACCCUGCAGGCAUUGGGGUAAAGAAUUCACUCAUUGUAUUAGGCGUAGUCAAUGCCUUGGGAUUCCUCUUCACAUUCUUGGUGCCAGAAUCUAAAGGAAAAUCCCUAGAAGAGAUGUCAGGUGAGAAUGAAGAUCAUGAACCACAAGGAGAGGCAGAGCUGUAGUCAUCUACCCACCUCGGGGCAGGUCCACUUGCCUAAGACAUGGACUCAUAAACCAGUUGUAUACUACACAGACUACGAUUGUUCCUCUUGUUAAGGGGAUUAAUUUGCUCA